AUGGCUUCACCACAGCAACUCCGCACUACGACCACCGAUCUCCUCAAGAUCAACCACCCUGUUAUGCUUGCUGGCAUGAAUGUUGCCGCUGGUCCCAAGCUCGCAGCAGCAGUCACAAAUGCCGGAGGUCUGGGUGUUAUCGGUGGUGUAGGCUAUACGCCAGACAUGCUCCGAGAGCAAAUCGCCGAGUUGAAGGAAUACCUUAACGACAAGAACGCCCCCUUUGGCGUUGACUUGCUCCUUCCUCAAGUUGGAGGCAGCGCACGAAAGACCAACUACGAUUAUACCAAAGGCAAGCUCGACGAGCUCGUCGACAUUAUCAUCGAGAGCGGCGCCAGGCUCUUCGUCUGCGCCAUCGGCGUCCCUCCCAAACACGUCGUUGAGCGGCUACACAAGGCUGGCAUACUAUACAUGAAUAUGAUCGGGCACCCAAAGCAUGUCAAGAAAUGCCUCGCCCUCGGCGUGGAUCUCAUUUGUGCCCAAGGUGGCGAGGGUGGUGGACACACUGGUGACGUCCCCACCACUGUCCUCAUCCCCGCGGUUGCCGACCUGGUCAAGGGCCAUACCAGCCCUCUGACCGGCAAGCCAGUGCAGGUAAUUGCUGCUGGUGGAAUUUUCGAUGGCCGAGGUGUUGCUGCUGCUCUUAUGUUGGGUGCCAGCGCUGUUUGGGUUGGAACUCGUUUCAUCUUGACUGAUGAGGCUGGAGCGCCAAAGGCACAUCAAGAGGCAGUCCGGACCGCUGGCCAUGACGAUAAUAUCCGCACCAUCAUCUUCACCGGCCGUCCUCUGCGUGUCCGAAACAACCCAUACAUUUCAAACUGGGAGGUAGAGCGUGCACAGGAGAUCAAGGAUCUCACAGGCAGGGGUAUUAUUCCCGUGGAACAUGACUUGGAGGUUAAGGGUGAUGAUAUUGAUGAUGAGACUAUGGAUAACGCCCGCCCCUGGCUAAUGGGCAAGGCUGCCGCAGUGGUCAACGAGAAAAAGAGCGCCAAGGCCGUGGUUGAUGAGCUAGUCGGCGAUGCAGUUGCAUGGAUCCACAAGGGCGAGAAGAUGACCGCCAAGCUAUAG